AUGAGUCACUCUCCGACGGGCGACUAUGGCGACGGCUACGACGAGAGCUACGGAGGAUACUAUGCGGACGAGUAUGCGAGUGCUGCAUCUUCAUCGGUACAACAAGCGUCUGAACCCUACUAUGGAAAUGUAGACUGGUCACAGUAUGACUACGUUCCCACCGAGGACGGAGGCUACUGGCAGAUGAAACCACGAUAUGUUCCUGCAGGGCAGUAUCCAACAGUAAUACCACAUCAAGGGGGUCAAGAGCAGCAAGAAGUCGUGGACUACAAAUUCCCCUGCCUCGAGGCGGGAUGCACAGCAAACCCUUUCAAGCGCAAGGCCGACCUCGAGAGACACUACAGACAAGUCCACCAGGACCCGUCAAAGAAGGAAGCUCACAAUGCUCGCGAAGAAGCGAACCAUUCGGACGACGGGACCACUUCAGAGAUCACUUGCGAGACUAUCACAACGAAGACAUUUUCAAGCGGGGCACCCACGUGGACGACAGCUGGCUCCAAGGACGCAAUCUCUCGUCGCGAUGGUGGCGGUGCUCAAAGUGCUUGA